AUGCUUCUGUCACCCCUGUUACCAAGUCAUGCAGCUCCACAACCAACACCAGACAACAGAAAGUAUCCAGGUUUCGGCCGUCGGUUGUUAAAGUAUUCGAACCCAAUAUGUGCCGGUUGUGUAUGUUCCGGGCCUUUCGCAUCAGGAAAUUCUAUGAUGAAGUCUAUUCUGGUGACCCUCCUUUUCACUGCAGUGCUAUCUCCAGUGUUACCAUCUGAAGCAGUUCGUUUGAGUAAUCGAGGUCUACUCCAAGCAUGCCCAGCCUGUCUUUGUUGCAGCCCAGCUCCACCAGGCGGCUGUUGCAAGUGCGGUGGUGGCUGCACUGGGCGUCCUCCGAUUACGGAGUCUACAAUUGGAUAG